AUGCCGGGAGUUCCUUCAAACAAGGCAUGUGAGCGUUGUAAGAAACGCCAUCUAAAAUGCGAUGAAACCCGUCCUCAAUGCCAGCGGUGCAUCAAUGCAGGUGUAGAAUGUCCCGGGUAUCUGCAGACUCGCAAAUUUAUUGACCAAGGUGCCACGGUGCGCCGGCGGUACGCCCCUUACCAGGAGAGCCAUUCAAAAACAACAUCGAAUGGACAUGAAACCGCUGUGAGUCUUGGCGAUUCGGGUGUAAAUCCAAGCUUGCAGUAUCGAGGCAGCGUCCCAGUGUCCUUUGCGAAGGAUGCGACCAGCUCAGAGCCUGCUCGUCAAUCGACCCUAUUGAGAGCGAGUUGUGAGUCGGAGCCAUCUACAGGCGAAACCUCCGAUCCAAACCAGCUUGGCAAUUUGCUACAAUCACCAAGCGCAGUUUCGUCAUCUUGUCAAUCUUCUGGUAGACAGCAUACUGUUCGACCUGCCUCGUUCCCCGAGGAUCAUACUCGAGCACAAAUGCCCACUCAAAGCCCAGAGGUGCUAGGGAAUGCGAGAGUUGAGGUCGAUCUGGAACAUCCCUUUACGCACGAUCCCAUAAUCGGUUGGGAUAGCCAACAUGAUCGAGGACCACCAGCAUCGGAUAUCUCGACCAGAGAAGCUGAUAGAGACGACUUUCAGAAUAUCGUUUCCGAGUUGAUGACGGGGACAGAGCAUGAGUUGGCAUUUCUGACGCGCUAUUUCGCAGAAAAUCUAGGCCCAUGGCUGGACCUUUCGGACGCAGUAAAGUUCUUUGCAGUUCAUGUCCCCAUCAGAGCCAUCAACUGCGUAUCUCUGAAAUAUGCCAUGGCGGCAUUUGCAGCGAAACAGCUUGGUCGGGUCAAAGGUGUCAAAUCCCACACUGGACGUGGGAUUCUGACCAGUCCUGCCGCGAGUGAAAUAUAUCCCAACUCUGAGACAGUGGAUUGGUUCCUGAAGGGAGUUAAUUAUUAUUACCUCUCUGUUUCGGACAUGUCCAAAUCAGCAUCGGAUGGGUAUUCCAGCGUGUCGACCUCGGUGGUGAUUGAUUCCCCCAUCGAGAUACUCAAAAAGUGGUUGUCGACUCAAUCGGCCAAAACAACCGGACAGGAUCUCAGCAACGGGGUAUUCUUGCGAAAAGUGGAGGAUAUCUUGGCUACUGUUGCCAUACUGAUCUACUACAAGCUCCUGGACACGAAAGGAGAGACAUGGCAUACGUAUCUCGCGGGUACGCAUGAAGUCUUUAGUGCUCUCAUGCAAAUGAAGCGAACGGAUACAAUCCCUUUUUCUCAUGGCAUCCAGGCCUGUUUCUGGAAUUUCGCGCGUCUGGACUACCUGGGGUCCUACUACAUCCGCGCAAAGACGCAUUUAAACCCUUCAGACACCUCGCUCUGGCGUGCAGCGGGAAUCUCUAUAGACGAGAACGAAAAGUUCAACAUCGUUGACACCGCCGACCCUUACAUGUCAAAAGAGGAUCAGACUUUCAACGGUCUUUGCUGGCUGGCAUUCAAGGUGGUCAACUUUCUUGCUCAUUCGAAACAAGCCCAGGUCGCCCAGUGGGUAGGAUCUCCCAUCGCGCGAACCCCCUCCAGUUCUGGAAGUUCGCGUGCCACCUCGGUACAGUUAUCCCAAGUUCCCGACACAAACACCUGGCUCGACCUAUGUUUUGAGCUGCAGACUUGGUUUGAGGGUGCCCCGGAAACUAUACGCCCGUGUGUACGCAUCGAGCACCCCCGGGAUUUGUCCCGUCGAUCCGAGGACCACUCGUCGCCUUUCCCCGAGGUGGUUCAUACGAUGGCCCCGUGUGCGGCUGCCAUGCAACAUUAUCAUUUUGUCAGGAUCGCGCUCUUGUUGAAUCGUCCUCCGGAUGUGGUGGGCGGGCCGAGCACGGCGUUCGAUCGUCUCCAAAGCUAUAGAGAGGUCACCAAGGAAGUCGAUCAUCGGUGCCGCGAAGUAUGCGGUAUUGCUUUGGGUCGACCACAUGCCGAGGUCCGCAUCAACAUGAUUCCGCUUUUAUUUGCUGUGGGCCAAUGUCUAGAGAUGGACAAUGAACGGCAGAUUAUCGUGGAUUUGUUGCGAGGCAUCGAGGCUGAUCUGGGAUUGGCCACGGGAUACGCCGUUGAGAAACUUCAGUCCUCGUGGCAUCGUGGUUGA